AUGGUGACUACCAGAUCCUCCACCCGAUUAAGGGCAAAGAUCACAUCGGCAGAAAAGGUUGCGAGUAGUGAAGACCUUUUACAAGAAAUCCUCCUAAGAUUACCCACCAAAACUCUCCUAAGAUUCAAACUCGUAUCAAAACCAUGGCUUUCUCUUAUAUCUAGCACCCAUUUUAGCCUCGCCCACACUCGCUUCCUCCAAAACAAUUGCUCUCUCAAACCUCAAGCUCUCUUCCUUGACAUCCUUUAUAAAAAACUACCUUCAAAGUUCAAGUUCCUUCGUUUAAACCCUAACAUCAGAAGACUUCCCCCUUUUGAUUUUAUUGAUGCGCCACGCAUCAGAAUAAUUCAAUCUUGCGUUGGCUUGCUUCUUUGCGUUUCUGAAAGUGAUUAUCGCUUGAAGUAUUUCAUAUGCAACCCCGCCACCAAAAAGUUCAAGGUGAUCUCCGUUCAUGAACAUGAAGUCAUUUAUAAUAGUUACGAGUAUGUUGCCUACAAGCUAGGCCUUGAUCCUUCCCAAUCAGCUAAGUUAUUUAUGGAUUAUGAUCAACGUUCUAGUGUUAAUUUGGCUUUUGAUCCUACAAUUGAGGUUCGUCAGCAUGUUGGUGUCAAUUUGGCCUUUGAUCCGCUCAUAUCACCUCAUUAUAAGAUUUUUUCUAUAUGGCAGCAACUAUUAUAUAGCAAAGAUCAUGAAAGUACUACAUGUUACAUAUUUCCUACAUACUUCAUCGACAUAUAUUCUUCAGAGACCAAUUCUUGGAGUGCUUCAAAAAUCAAAUUCAAUUCGAAGCAUGAUAUAAAUAUUGAUCGUGGUGUUUUUUUGAAUGGCGCAAUUCAUUGGGAUUGUGCUGAUACUCAAUCAUGGUACAUUGAUGUAAACAAUGAAUGCAUGAAGACAAUGCCAAUGCCUAGAGUACAUAGUGGGUUUCGCUAUUUCGGAGAGUCUGGAGGACAUUUACACCUUGUUGUUGCAACUGGGUUUUCUCAAUUAAAAUUUAAAAUUUUCGAGAUGGAGGAAGAUUAUUCAAAAUGGUACUUGAAGCAUAAUGUACACCUUGAAGCUGAAACGUUUACUGUCGUCCCCAGGCGCCAGCAAAGUCGAAUGCGUAGUUAUCUUCUAUCUUGUGUUGUUCAAUAUGAUGAGGACGAAGGGGAUUCAAUUUUAGUAGUACUUCCAAAUGGUUUUGCAAUUUCCUAUAAUUUGGAAGAGGGGAUGGUGAAGAGGGUGCGUUGUUCCAACAUAGACAAAGAUCGACAUGGUGGUGGCAGAUUUCAUGCCUUCCCGUACUUUGAGACCCUAUCUUGCCUCUGA